GAACAAUGCAUUACCCAUAGUUAUGGGUGCCUCGAUUGAGGAGUAUCAGAAGGUUUCACCACCUCAUUCUUUCAUUCAUGUGGAUCAAUUUGAGAAUCCGAAAGAACUGGCCAAAUAUCUGAAGUACCUUGAUAAAAAUGACACUGCAUACAACGAAUAUUUCGCUUGGCAUAAAAGGGGUGUUGUAACUGUAUGGUCGUUCAAGCCGGAGUGUGAAUUUUGCAUACUUGCAAAUGCUCUUCCUUACUUCGAGCCAACUAUACAUGAAAACUUUAUGUUUUGGUGGAAGGAUGGAUGUAAAAACAGAACAUUAAGAUG